UGAACUACGAAUAUUGAGCAGCAAUUUGUGAUUUGAGUUUUGGUAUCACGUCGUUGAAGUUCCAUGUUUGCGUUAGUUCUAAUAUUUUCUAACUGCUAGCCAAGUUGCAAGCGGAAAAUCGUUUGGUUACUAGUCGAGUGAAGUCGUGUUAAAAGUUUAAAAAUGAUCAUUUAUUAACGUAAUAUUUAUUUGAGUUUCAAUUCACAACGUCAUUGUGUUAAUUUACUACUGGUACCUACUUUUGUGUACGGAUAAAAUUGGUGUUAUAAUUUUUAUUAUAAAUUUCCAUUACACAAAUCAGCACAAUGGUGGAGGCUAGUAAGUUAUGGUUUGAGAGCGCAUGUAGUGCGUCCGAUUGUCAUACGUUAAUUCAUCCAUGGACACCCAAAUGCAGCGAUGCAACUGCAUCCAUGUUACUCAGCUGUAUAAAAGGGAGCUAUAAAUUCUAUGCCAUGGUUUACUUGAUUCAAAUAUUAAUGAAAGGCAAGAAACUAACUCAAAAGGAGGCUUUAGAACAAUUUAAACUUUAUUUGAAAUCUGGCAUCUUUGGUCUCACAGUGGGAAGUUCCUUUGUGACUUUGAAUUGUAUAUUCAGGAAGCUAUUCUUCAGUCAAUUCUCGUACUAUACAACAGUGCUUCUGCCAUGCACAAUCAGUGGGCUUGCGGUUUACUUUGAGCCUCCAUACAGAAGAGUUAUGGUUGUUAACUUGUUUGUUAACUUGGUUUUCGAAUACUGGAUACGCACAUUAGAAAUGAAAGGAUGGCUGCGGAGGUCGGCCGGACGAGAGACGCUCAUCUUUAUGUUGGGGAGUUCCCUCUUCUUCUAUCUCAUGAGGUUGGAGAGAGAGAACACUAAAAGGACUCCAUUGUUUUGGUUUUUCACGCCUCCCAGAGUUUCGAAAGAGGUCGGUAAGCCCGUACAAGGUAUUGAGGGCAGGAGCGAUGCCUGUCCGCAUAGAGGCCCGUGCAAGAAUUAUAUUUUAAAGGGUGCGGCACAACUGUUCGGCGUGGGAUGCUUGAUGACAAUGCUCCGUACGAUCCUGCCCAGAAUAUUGACGCCGAGUAAAGCGCUUAAAUCGCUGAAAUUCUCCCACCUCAAGCUGGGCUUGUUCUUUGGUGGAUAUAUUGGUAUUUAUAGGUUGGUGGUGUGCAUCCUAUGUAGGGCUACGGGUAAAGAUAGCGCUUUGUACGCGGCGCCGGCUGGCUUUUUAGCGGGGGCUGCGUUUAGGGCUUCGCCCUCGCUGCCGAUAGCGCUCGCGCCAAUCACGUCUUCCUUGCAGAUACUAACAUCGUGGGCGUACCAGAAGGGCAUGAUACCGGAACAGUGGCCGCUCGUGGAGCUGCUGUACUGCGUGUGUCAGGGGCUGCUGUUCCACGCGCGGGUCAUGCACGAGGACGUGUGCCCCAGAUAUAUUGUGAACUUGAUGCACACUGUUACUACUAAUAAAGCGGACGAAAUCCAAGGUGCUUUUAUUCAGAAAAUCUUAGCGUACAGCAGCGCUAUCUGAGUAGUUAGUGAAUAUUAGUGCAAUUGCCACAAGUAGUCAUACAAAGUAAUGUAAUGUGCGCACGCGCCGUGCAAAUCUGUGAUUUUAAGUUAUUACAUUAAUUACUAGGGGUUGGAUGUUUUUAGGAUUUCUAUGGUUCUGACAGUUCUCUUAUUGAAUCGUUCAUUUCGUUUAUUGAAAACUAGUUACUCGCUCUGACUCCAACCGGACAAUACCCAACAAAGUGAAGGCCAUUUAGGUACGUUUAGUCGUUUUUACUUCUACUACAAAAAAGAUUGAUGCCUUAUAAUUGGAUUAGAUAAUCGCAUUCUAAAUUUAAAAAGGUGUAACAUAAGCAUGUGAUAAUUAUAUAAUUAAGUUUAAAAAUAUAUAGGUUUUUGCAAAAGUCGACUGAGCAUUGGUUUGCUAUACCAUCGGUGGUACAUCCUGUAUAAUACUCGAUGGUAAUACGAUAAAUAUUAUGGUGAUUUAAGAGAACCGUUUGAUAUAACCAUAAAGCUUAAAAUUAUAUCGCAAAUAAUUAAUUUAUGGAUGGCGUCAUGGGUAUAGGUUUAAUUAUUUUAAUUCGAAUUUUUGUACAAUGGGUUUGACUUACAUAGAUUUAAGGUACAAAUGAAAUCGAUUCGUAGUGUUAUUUGAAAAUUCAUGAAUCGUUAAUUUAAUAUGGGGAAAUAAGAUAUCGUGUUGAAACGUAUAGCAAUAAAAACGAACGUUAAAUAUUAUAAUCUGUACUUAGAAAUGUUUUUGCACCUUAUGAAAUAUAAUCGAAUUAAAUACGAUCAAAUAGCACACAGUACAUAGGUAUUACAUAAAAAGCAUGUAUUUGAAAAUUAAGAAAAAAGCAACGAAAAAAAAAUUAUAUUGCGUUUUACGUUAUCGUGGUCUUAAUUUAAGCAUUUGAGAUAUAUUUUGAAUAUUUUAAAUUGAAAAUAUCCUGUUGUAUCAAUUAUAUAUGUUAUACCCGAUUAAAUUAUUGUUUUCAUUGGCAAUGCAAUGGCAAAAUAAUCAUUGUGGGUAUAAAAACACACACAAAUGUGAAGGACACAGUAUAAUUUACAUAAUGUAUAACUGUCUUCUAUAGAUAGGCCAACGAAACGAGGUAGAGAAUGUAAAGAACCUUUCAAAGGUGGAAACACUGAAGUAACUUGACAUUUUCAAUUGAUAUUUGGUUUUCAAUGUAAGAAACAGUGAAACAUUAAGAAAAAGUGUAACAGCUUAAUAACAAUUACUAAGAAUUUUAUUAACACGAUCUUAACAAACUUGGAGACAGAGCGAUCUAUCUUCUACCUGCUUAAAUGACAGAAGCGUCUGACGCACCGAAUGUACUUGACUUCUACAAACGCACGUAAUAUAGUUCUAUCACAAUACAGACAUUGACAGAGAUAUUGCAUACGAAAUACUAUAUUCAGUGAUAACAGAUCGCAAUCGCAGUGUCACUUGUUAACUGUCAGAUUGUUUACAAUAUCUGUCUCCUCUCGUUGGCCUUUAGUAUUCUGCAUGUAUACCUCUCUCUUUUCAUAGUAAGAAUUAAGAUUUUUGGUGAAACUUUUUAUUUAAUUGUACUUUUGGUUUGAAUGGUUUUAAAUUAAGUUAUACCAUAGGCAAUAAAAUACAAUUACAGAGAAAUAUGUUCUUAAGGGUUUUCCAUUGUAAAUUCAUUCCGUUGUAUGAUUUAUAAGGAUAUUUAUAUUUGUAUUGAAUUAUCGCAAUCUAAGAAACAGUGCACAAAAAAAGUUGUUUUUAGAACGAUUCAUAUCAAAGUGACGCACGCGAAUACAGAACUUACCAUGUUGUAAAUACGAUAUAUUGUCAUAUGCAUUUGAUACCUGCUUUUGUUUGUGCAACAAGAUCGCUUUAAUCGAAUGAUUGACAUUGAUGUUUGCGCCUGUAUUAGAACUAAAAAUAUCUGUUAUAAUAGGUUAUUAUAGAAAACUAAUAUGAAAAAUUUGGGAUGCCCCUUGGGCACACGAAACCGAAAGAAUAGAAGAAAUUCGAUUACUGAGGUGGGAGCACGGUGGCCGAGAGGUCGGGCGUUGCCACGGUACGGCAAAAGGCGUGGGUUUGAAUCCCGCCUCAUGAUGGAUUUUUUCUAUUUUAUUUAAAUUUUUCAAUAUAAAUAUUGUUCUCAUUCUUCUGCAUAUUUAACUAUUAUGACAAAUAAAUACGUGACCAUUCAGUGUUAAGUUUAAUACGAUUUAAAAUGGAUUUUUUGAUUUAAAGUAUACGGUGUAACUGAUAUUUUUUUAGUUCUAUAUUUGACAUAUAAUUUCCUGAAUUGUUACAAGGUAAUUUACUGAAUGUAUUUUUAUUAAUUUAUGUUUUUAAAGUUGUGAGGCAUUAUUUAGGCUAGUAUCUACUGGAUUUGAUUACCAUUUAUUAUUGUUAUAUUUUUGGAUUAAAUGAUUUUUGUAUGGCUA